AUCGCGUUGAACGAUAUUUACCUGCGCGUGCAAACUCCUCGGAUUCAGGAGCGUACCGUCCGCUCCCGGAGCCUCGCGAGUGCCACAGAACCGCAUCCUCGCACGUUGCCAGCGACCAGCUAGACAAGAUCACAGGCAUGCGAUUGUCGUAGCGAGGCAAGAUCGAGGGAUAAGGAGAAGAUAUUUGAAAUAUUUGCGCGGCUGAAGCAAUAAACAUGCUGCCAAGAUUGCUGGCCGUGCUCUGGACAGCACUUCCUUUAGUGCUGUCCCAGAGCAACUACGCAUCGCAGGGGAACAGUAUCGAGUAUCAGCCAGGCUUACCACCUAGCACAGUGCUGAACGGCAAGGUGACCAAACUGGACGACAUCUCGUCGAUGAUAUUUCUGAAUCGCACGAAGGCGUACCUGAAUUGCAGCCAGGGCAGCAUGCAGGUUGAAUUGAAGUUCGAGGAACCGUUUUACGGGGUCGCCUACGCUGAUUUCGAUCGUAACAGCGCCUGCAUAUUCAAAGGACGCGGAUCGACCAGCGCCAAGUUGGAACUACCUCUCAAAGGAUGCGGCACGAGGCAGGAUCCUCAACGCGUGUUCACAAACAACGUUGUAGUUCGCUUCCAUCCUGGUCUAGAAAUGCAAGAGGACGAAGUUAUUACGAUAGUUUGCAGAUACCCACCGCCUGUGGCGCCAGCUCCGCCGGCUCCGCCUGCCAGCAUUCUGGCCACGCCAGCACCAGCGCCACUGCCGGAACCGCCGCUGAAAGGAUUCCAGAUACUGCUCAUCAUCUGUGCGAUCCUUUUCCUCUCGCUGCUGCUACUCGGCCUCGGCUGCUCGUACAUGUGCCUGAAACGCAGGAACGUUCGCGUGAUCCACCGGCAUCCAUUCGGAAGUGGCUCAGGCUCGGAGAUAACAAAACUCUCCACGUCCUCCCUGAGUAAUAUCACCGUAUUCGAGGGUCUGAAGAUACCCCGGGCUCUGCUCCACGUACCACCGUCCACCACCGGCAGCGACGCGAACUUGAUCGACCAUUCCUUGCCCAGCGAUUAUCCGAGUGAAAGCUCAGAGGUGGACGAAGAACCUUCGCUACCAGUCUCUUCAGCUGGUUCCUAUGACAACAAAGUUUUCGUUCACCAUGAAACACACCAACGCCAAGAAAUGCGGACUAGUAGCUCCCUCUACUCCGAAACGGUCGCUGCGGAAGUGGAAACGUCCUCAAUGACAGCAGCUAAUACCUCGAGAACCGCAGUCCCACGUCAUAUGGUGGCCAUGCCGAUCGAACCUAAAUUCGACGUCCAGAUGCGAGUGAAGAAGGCACCACCUCCUCCUCCUAGCCCACUGCCAUCUGAAUCCGACAUUGCAAGCGUUGCUCUGGAACGAAAUCUCACCACGAUCCUAGAAAAAGAAGAAUGCAGUCUUACGCGUAGCCUAGAGAGCCCACCAGCCAGGAUGACUACGUUCUCCUACGUUCCUGAGCUCCAUGGACCUCCAGGAGGUACCUCCUCUACUUCCACCAUCUCCAGACAGCAAACGCCACCAGUUUACUCGCGAAUCUUGAGAAAACAAGCGGAAAGGGAGACCACGACCAGUACUAGUAUGCUUCAAGAACGAAUUCCGUCACCUUCUCCUGUCGAACAGCCACCCCUGCAACACCAUGAGAUUCGUAGACCUAGGUCUUUGACCUCCUUGAACACGGAGUUAACGGAAACGCGUUCCUUGACGGAAGUGACCGAUCACACGCACGCUAAGUACAGAGUGGCCAGCAUCUUAGCCCCAACUCCUCCUCCACCCCCACCAAUUGUCCCCACGGUGACCACUACUCAUACAGCAGUUCAGCAUCGUGAACAUCGCUUGUUCCGGGAGGAAGUAACGGAACCUCUAGUAGAACCCCAGGUUGUCGCACCUAGACGUCCAGAGAUAACUACGCACGAAGUAGACGAUGUGUUUUUAAAGACAGUGACGGAGAAGAAGACCAUCGAAGACGUUGAACGUCAUCGUCGUCAGGUGACGGAGUAUAGAACCAAGCCGCCACCACCGGAUCCCAAGUGGGACGUGACCAUCAGGAACUAUCCCAAGGAGAAUCUUCCACCGCCUCCACCUGAAUGGGAGAACUUCUCUGACGUUAGUUCCAACUCCAAUCUGACCAUCACUAACGAACCAACAGGACAUCACGCUGAUGGACCAAUUGACGAGGAACCGGACAUCAAUAUCGAGCCCACAUAUACGGCUAGAGCCGAAAUUCCAUGCAGACCACCUCCAGUAACCCAUCGUUUGUUCAGCAGACUAUCUCGCGUCUUAGAUCCACGUUACGCUUCCGAAUUGACAGACGAAGAACGUACAAAAUGGCGCGAGAUAAUUACUACGGAUAGUACCUUGAGGACUCUACUAACGGAAGCUGUCGUAAGAGAAGAUUACGAGUUGAUACGAAAGGACGCUAGAUACACGAACCUGUUCCCACCAGCGAAAUGGGAUGUAAUCAUCCGCAUCCUAGGUCCUCCUUUGACACAGGCGGGUUCCACUUCCUCGUCUACACACGGAAAGAAUCAUGGACAACGGUACAAGAGGUCCAAGUCUUCGGAGUGGGAUACCAGAUCCAGAAGAUCGUCCUUGCCUACUUUGUACGAAUACGAAAGCGACGGAGGUAGCUCUGCUCGUACUCAAAGCCACCGACUACAGAUGUCGCAGUCGGCUACGGCUAUGGGCCAGUCGAACCGUCUACGCAGACUGGGUUCGAGUCACAGAGGUACAGGUGGCGCUAGUGAGGUGGACGUUAGGUCCAUGUCCGAAAUGACAGUGAGAGAUUUCGCCAGAGUGGACAGAGACGACUUGACGAGCUUAAGCUCCUUCGAAGGAGCUGAUUCGCUGGUGAGGUCUUUAAGUCAGCCCAGUUUAGCCAGAAGUGGUUCGGAAUUCACCGAACACUGGGGAAUUCCGUCGGGCAUGCUGGAUCUUCCGCCUUGGGCCGCGGAAGAAGAAGGGACCAGCUCCGUGGAAACUACUCCGAGAGUGGUAAGGAGAAACGACCGUUUGGAAGUUUUGGCGUCGUUCGACGAUCGCAGGCAGGGAUCGUCGACUACUAGAUCGAGUCGAUACAUCGAGAGGGAGCUGAACAGCGUGCAUGUGACCGAGAGUCAAAGGAGCUCGAACUGGUUUCACGACGACUCCGAGCCGGAGAUGCAGAUCUGAAGAUUUUUAACGAAAUCUGCCUUCUAUUGAGUGUUCCAUCUUUUACAGUGUCUUCCUUCGGGUUCUGCGUUUCAAAUAAGAAAUUUUACGAUGAUUGUAGUAAAGGUUACGAGUAUUAAUGAAUCAAGGUCAUUGAAGGGAAAAAUCUACUAAA